CAUUUUUCUCUUUCAAAACAAUAACCCAUAAAUUCUCUCGUGAUAAUGCUUCUUAAAAUAAUUGUUUUCAUCACAUACAGUCUAACUUUAGAAGUGACAUGUGAAGGAGAAUACUACUGGAGACCUUGGACUCGUGGUUCUCCACCUGAAGAUGCUAUAACUGCUCGAGACCACAGAGGAAUUUCUUACAUUGUUGAAGCUUAUGCUCCCAAUCUUGGUAUUUUCAUCGGACAGGCAUUUGUUCACCAGCACCAAAUCAAUAUUUCGGCCUUCCAUGUGAAUACAACGCUCAUAUCACAAAAGAGUCAUGCUUUGAAGGUUCUAUGUUCUGGUAACAAGGAUACGUUAGCCUGGUAUCCAACGACAUCUCACGUACUUAGAAAUGAAUUGGAGACUUCAUCAGUGAAUCCUGUGAUUGGGGGUCAGAAUGUACAAGAUGACAUACUUUACAUAGGAAAAUAUGUGGAUACAUUAGCAAGGACAAUACAUUUUGGAAGCAUUUGCGAUAGUUUGCUGCACUUACAUUACAAUUAUAAUAACGUUGAUAAAAUUCAAUAUCAUUAUGAAAUACUGAUAUCGAAUGAUAAGUGUAAUAAAUAAAUGAAAGCAAUACUGAAAUAAAUAUAUUAUAUAAAA